GCCGCAACGGCCUUCUUAAAAUAUAGAGGGUUCAAUUAUAACAUAAAUUAGGGAAUUGUAAGCGUCAUGGCAACAUUAUACACAGCUGUUAUUUUUGCCGCCAUAAUUGGGAUAACGUUUGCAUUUGAAAAAUCCUUAGUUGUAACGACUACAGAGGGAAAAGUGGAGGGAAAUUUGUCGCCUACUGGUUUGUAUUAUGAGUUUUUGGGAAUCAGGUAUGGAGUUCCUGUCAAAUUUAGGGCCCCAGCUCCACCACCUACAUACUCUGGCAUCUACAAAGCUGACCACCAAGCCGUGCUUUGCCCACAGUUCACUACAUACGACCCUCUAGCCGCCCCUAGCGAUAACGAAGACUGCCUCGUCUUGAACAUUUUCACUCCAGCUUUCAUCAACUCCACCUGUCCUGUUAUGGUCUUCCUCCAUGGUGGAGAUUUCGGCGUCGGUUCUUGUUCCUCCAUAUUCUACGGCCCACAGUUCCUUAUCAGUCACGGAGUCAUUGUAGUUACGAUAAAUUACAGGCUAAAUGUGUACGGCUUUCUUAAUCUUGGAACUAAAGAUGCUCCAGGAAAUGCUGGACUCAAGGAUAUUAGAGCGGCAUUGCGGUGGAUUCAGAACAAUAUACGCAAUUUCCAAGGAGACCCGGAUAAUGUUACCGUGUUCGGACAAGGCAGUGGUGGUGUAGCAGCUAUAUACUUAACAAUGUCUGAUAGCACUAAGGGUUUGUUCCGCAGGAUUAUCUCUGAAAGCGGUACGCCGUUUUCACCUCGUUCAUUCGAUCAUUUCCCGUUAACAACCGCUAGUAAUAUUGCUAAAUGUUUGAGCCUCAAAACCAAAGACCCUAAAGCUUUGUUCAAAUUGUAUUCAGAAACUCCGAUUGCUAAAGUAGAAGAAGCUAUACAGACACAAUUGAAUGCUAAAUCAGUAUUCUUGCCAUCAGUCGAGAAAGUAUUCAAAGAUGAGGAACCGUUUUUAACAGACACUCCAUAUAAUAUUCUGACGAAUAAACCUAGUUGCUUCCAUCCUGUCCCAACAGUUAUAGGAAUAAACACAGUAGAGGGUCUAUCAAGCAUACUGGACUAUGAAACAGUGACCAAUCAAAUGAACAGAAUAGAAAAUGAAGAUUUCUCAACACUAGAUCAGAGGAACUUUAUCGUACCACCUGAAGAAAAGGAAGAUUUUAGACAAUUGCUCAAAGACACGUUCUUUACAGAUAUAUCGUCAGAUGAAUCUUUAGUUGGCGGCAUUAUUAAUAUGAACACAGAUUUCUGUUACGUAGGACCUUUAGCGUUAUUUGCUGAACUAUACGGCAAUAAUACGGACUUGUAUCAGUACAUUUUCAGCUACGUUGGUAACAGGAAUCUAGGAAGGUUAUUGACGAACAGUAGCUUGCCAGCAACAUCGCAUACUGAUGAAUUAUUUUAUGUGUUUGAAUUGGAGAGGCUACCGUUAGUAAUGGAUGAGAAUGAUGCAAGGAUUGUGACGUUCAUGACUCAAUUGUGGACGAAUUUUGCGAAAUAUGGCACACCAACCCCAGACACCACGAACGGUGAAUGGCUGCCAUUCCCACAUCAUCUCGCCAUAGAUUUGGAACCGCAAUACGUCGCACCCCUAACUCCAGAGAGGGCGCAGUUUUGGCGCGCACUCUUCCUCAAAUAUGGCGCCGACGUUUGUGGCAAAUGAUGGCAAUACUGUAG